AUGCUGCGUUCAUCGUUAGGGGUAGGCCGGAGCCGACUUCCGACCUUGCAGAAACCCGGGCGUUUACUGAGAUCGGAUAGCGCUCUGCUCCGCUGGGGCCAGAUAAGAAGAUCUGCUUCGACUGUCACGAGCCUUGAGAACUUUCCGGAGAUCGGUGAAGGAAUCCAUGGGUUCACUGUUCAGGAGAAGAAGCAUGUUCCAGAACUGCACCUUACAGCAAUCCGCUUGAAGCAUGACAAAACCGAUGCCGACUACAUCCACGUGGCUAGAGAAGACAAGAACAAUGUCUUUGGUAUUGGGUUCAAGACGAAUCCUCCGGAUGCCACUGGUGUGCCGCAUAUCUUGGAGCAUACUACGCUUUGCGGAAGUGAAAAAUAUCCCAUCCGCGACCCUUUCUUCAAGAUGCUACCUCGAUCUCUUUCAAACUUCAUGAAUGCUUUCACCUCCGCUGACCAUACUACCUACCCUUUCGCCACGACAAACCCGCAAGACUUCCAGAAUCUCCUCUCGGUCUAUCUUGACGCCACUUUCCAUCCGUUGUUGAAGGAAGAAGAUUUCAGACAAGAAGGCUGGCGUUUAGGUCCGGAAGAUCCUCGCGCCAUACUGGCCCGUGGGGAACAAUCGCAGGCGGACCAGAAGCCAGAAGACAUUCUCUUCAAAGGUGUCGUCUACAACGAGAUGAAGGGCCAAAUUUCGGACGCCAAUUAUCUUUACUACAUCAAAUAUAAGGAGAACAUCAUUCCCGCGCUCAACAACUCUGGAGGAGAUCCUCAAUACAUCACCGAUCUGACCCACAAACAACUGGUCGAAUUUUCGAAGCGCAAUUACCACCCCAGCAAUGCCAAGAUUUUUACCUAUGGUGAUAUGCCACUGAGCGCUCAUCUCCAACAAAUUGGGGGCGUGCUGGAUGGUUUCCAAAAGGGAGAGGCCGACACUGCUGUUAAGCUACCGAUCGAUCUUUCUCACGGUCCUCAGAGCGUGACUGUUUCGGGGCCGAUCGACACAUUCGCCAGCGAAGACAAACAGCACAAAACGUCGACUUCAUGGUAUAUGGGGGAUGCUGCUGAUGUUGUCGAGACAUUCUCGGCCGGUAUUCUUUCCUCGCUGCUCCUUGACGGUUAUGGAUCGCCUUUGUAUCGAGCCUUGAUUGAAAGUGGCUUAGGGUCCUCAUUCACCCCUAAUACGGGCCUUGACUCUUCAGGUCGUGUACCCGUGUUCUCAGCUGGUGUUACCGGUGUGAGCGCAGAAGAAGCACCUAAAGUCAAAGCUGCCAUUCAACAAGUCUUCAAGGAGUGCCUCGCUACUGGCUUCAGUGACGAGAAGGUGCGGGGUUUCCUUCACCAAUUGGAACUUGCUCUGAGACAUAAGACUGCCAACUUCGGUAUUGGUGUCAUGGAGAAAACCAUCUCCUCAUGGUUCAAUGGCUCCAAUCCCAUGAAGGAACUCGCCUGGAAUGAGGUCAUUGAUGAGUUCAAGAGCAGAUAUGAGAAGGGGGGCUACCUGGAAUCCUUAAUGCAGAAGUAUCUCAUGAAUGACAAUUGCUUGACUUUCACAAUGGUCGGCAGUCCUACUUGGAACCAAGAAUUGGACGAACAAGAAAUGGUGCGGAAGGAGGAAAAGUUCAACAAGCUCAUUGAGCAGCAUGGCUCUUUGGAAAAGGUGGUUGCCAAGCUUACAGAGGAAGAGCUCCAGUUGCUGAAAACUCAAGAAGAGGCACAGAACGCAGACCUGUCAUGCCUUCCUUCCCUUCGUGUUGCUGAUAUUUCUCGGGAGAAAGAGCGCAAGCCAGUUCGAGAGUCGAAGGUUGACGGCGUAGACGUCAUCUGGCGCGAGGCUCCAACCAACGGCUUAACCUACUUCCAAGCGUUGAACGCGUUUGAAGAUCUGCCAGACGAUCUCCGUCUCUUGAUGCCACUGUUCAAUGACUGUAUAAUGCGUCUGGGUACAGCCAGCAAGUCAAUGGAGCAGUGGGAGGAUAUCAUCAAGUUGAAGACGGGUGGCAUCUCCACGUCCUCCUUCCAUAUCUCAUCCCCAACGCAGCUUGGAAAGUUCGCGGAGGGUCUUCAAUUCUCUGGUUUUGCCUUGGACAAGAACAUCCCGGAGAUGCUGGAGAUCAUGACUACACUUGUCACUGAGACCGACUUCACUAGUCCCAGUGCGCCAGCCAUGAUCCAGGAACUGCUACGACUGACGACCAACGGCGCCUUGGAUGCAGUGGCUGGAUCAGGUCACCGUUAUGCCCUUAAUGCCGCUGCAGCGGGUCUUUCCCGUAGUUUCUGGGUUCAAGAGCAACAAUCCGGCCUUGCCCAGUUGCAAGCUACAGCUAAUCUGCUGCGAGAUGCAGAGACCUCGCCAGAACGCCUUGCGGAAUUGGUUGAUAAGCUUCGCCAGAUCCAGUCGUUUGCUAUCUCUAGAUCCUCUGGUCUCCGUGUUCGGAUGGUUUGUGAGCAGAGCAGCGCGAAGCAAAAUGAGUCGGUACUACAAAAGUGGCUUACGGGCUUACCACAACUCCGCUCACCGACAUCUACACCCAGCAUGUCAGCUCUCGGCUUGGGUACCCACAAGGCGUUCUAUGACAUGCCUUAUAAGGUCUACUACUCAGGCUUGGCUAUGCAAACCGUCCCUUUCACCAGUUCAUCCAGUGCAUCUCUUAGCGUCCUUUCUCAGCUUCUUACGCAUAACUACCUCCACCCAGAGAUUCGUGAGAAAGGCGGCGCCUAUGGCGCGAGUGCCAUGAAUGGUCCAGUGAAGGGAAUGUUCGCUUUCACUAGUUAUCGGGACCCUAAUCCUGUUAACACCCUGAAGGUCUUCCAGAACAGUGGUGUCUUCGCCAGGGACCGAGCUUGGUCGGAACGGGAGCUCAACGAGGCGAAAUUGGGUAUCUUCCAGGGUCUUGAUGCCCCAAUGAGCGUUGAUGAAGAGGGUGCGAGAUAUUUCAUGAGCGGCGUGACCCAUGAGAUGGAUCAGCGCUGGAGAGAGCAGGUCCUUGAUGUCACGGCUAAGGAUGUCAACGAAGCAGCUGAGUCCUUCUUGGUCCAGGGUUCGCAGCGGUCCGUGUGCCUUCUCGGUGAAAAGAAGGAUUGGAUUGAAUCGGACGGCUGGGAUAUGAGGAAACUUUCCAUGGGAGUCUCUGAUGAUGCUUACGGGUUUCAGGCAGCAUCGGCAGUUCAUGACGUGGUGAGAAUACAACAAGACACGCCGGAUAGAAACCAAGACAUCGAUGCGAUUCUUGGCCGUCUGGAUAGGAUUGAGAGUGCCCUAGGCUUUAGUAGGGGAAGCAGCUCCGUGACAGCGGAUGGUCUUGACCCAGAUCAGGAUGAAGGGUCUGGGGAGAUGUCUCUGCGCCCUCUUUGGAAGGCCGUAAGGCAUCUCAAACUGAUCACUCGGCCUGCUCAGGAUGAUGCUCUCUGGUCACAUCCAGUUAUCAAGCAUCUGUGGUACUCUUUCCUCAAUAAUCUACCCCUACUCCAUUUUCUGAAAGAUCAGAGUGCUUUUGCAUCACCAUCUCCCCUUCUGCUUGCAUCUGUCUUAUUCAUAUCCGCUCUCCAUGGUCCGUCCAACGAUCUAUCGGAGUUUACGAAAGGAUACUUUGUCGCCCAGUGUUGCGCGAUCGCAGAGCUUGUCAACCCAGUGCCAUACGUUUCUCCAGUGGAGAUGUUUGGAAACAGCACAGAAGACCCCGAUCGAUCCUUGGGUACUAUGGAUGAUUCGCUGACCUUUCAGAACAUCCUCGGCUUGAUUAUGGCUAGCUUGGGCUCAGAAGCAUAUGUACCAACUACUGGCACAUGGAUAGCCAUUGCGUAUCGCCUCUUACUCGAUCACGCGCCUCGCGAAGUUGAAACCACGACCCACGACUGGGCUGGGCUGUUCUCAGGUCUCCAGGUAAUCGAUAUUGAGCAUGCUUCUAUGCACAUGUGUUGUCCCCUAUUACCGGAACAGCCACCCAUACCCACUCUUGUCCAAUUUAACGCCCGUGAAGGAAAUGCUUUCCAUGGCCUCAUCCAAAUGAUGCAUCAGGGACUCAGCCAUUUUGUCGGAAGAGGACUCCCCACCAUAUGGUCUUUUGUGAGCGCAAAAGACCGCGAGGUCCUCUCGCCAAUCCGGACACCCUUCACCAAGGAAGACGCACGAGUUAUCCGCCAUUGGGCCCGGCAAUUGGACGAUUGGCUAGUCCGAUAUAAUGCAGCAUCUCAGCCAUCCCCUUCUGAUCGUCAGGGCAUACUCAUCCUUCUACAAUACCAUCUACACAAACUAUACGUCCUAUCCAUAUAUCAUCCAGCCAGAGGAUUUGAUCUAGGUUCUACGGAUAUCUCACCAGCCGAAAGACACGAACUACUAGUCUCAGCCCGUGCAGUUCUGCGGCUUCGUCUAGGUGACGCUAGUAUAUGGUCUAAUUGGGAUCUAAUAAUGGUAACGUUUGCAGCCAUGCUACUACUCCGAGGAAUCGAAGACGGUGUAUUACAUCAAGACGACCUCCACCUGAUUGAAAAGCACAUCGACAGCUUGAAAAGGAACCAUUCAUCUGUGCCAAGCAUCCAUAGCAUACUCGCUGAUCGACUCGAGUCGGGCCUACAGAGCAUGCAUACACCGCCUGAAAUGGGGCCCGACUUUGCAUUUCCCGCUCCAGAAGAGGAUUAUUCUUGGGCGAUCUUUGAUCAGGAGAUUUUGUCUCUAGCAAAUCCGCCGUGGCUAUAUGAGGGCGUUCUUCCCCUGGAGGAGAUGCCAAGGGCAGAUGAGAAUCAGGGUGGGUUGUCGGCGCGGUUGGAGUAUACUGCUUUAGCGCAGGGAGGUGCGGAUGCUCUGGGUGGAGGUAAUAUUGGAUAUAAUUGA